GUCGUCGCGUCAUUACGCGCGUACCUCACCUCCGCGCGCCGCGACACGCGACACGCGCACUGCCGACGCGAUCGCGAACUCCGUAUCCCUUUUUGUUUAUUUUUCGCUGGCGUCCUUCGGACCGUUUUGUUUCCGAGGCACUGAGACGACGAAAAAAAGGAGGCGCGGAUGGAUCGAGCGACCGGAGAAGAUUGGUGCCGACCGCACGGAUAGCGGCGCCCCAUAGCCUGGCGCGCAUCCGUCAAACACGUUGACAACACAAGAAAUAACCAAAAGCCACGAAAUCCUCAAACCAAAGCCUCCAGUCAUAUCUUUCGUUUCAAAAAUCUAAAUAUAAGCACUAUUUUUUUAACCUUUUAACGAUAAAGCUAAAUCGUAAAUAGUAUACGCUAACUCCCAAACAGUACAAAUUAAUUUAAGUCUGAAGUGAUCGGUAUUUACAAUAAAAGAAGCCUUCGAACGAGCGAAACUAAAAGAAGAAAUCAACCAACGACCAGUAUUUAAACGUUCCAAAAUAAUAGAUAUCGUUAAACGAGUGCACAAAAUAUUUUAUCGAUCGUUAAGAAAUUUAAUACGAACCGAGACCUCGAGCAUUUUGUAAAAAAGUCAGCCAAAGAUUUUAUAAGCCCGUAGAGUAAGAAUUCGCGUAAGUUAAGCUGCCUGUCAUUAAGGACUUUUUAUAUUUAUUUGUUAGUCUUUAAACGACGAUAUUGUGAUUAGUAAUAGUGUAAACCGGUGUGCCGUAUAAUCAUAACGUUAAGUGCUAUUACACAGUUAGUUAUAAACGCGGACGUACAACCGACAGUCGCAGAGUACAAAUCACAUGUUCCAGUGCAGUUCCCAGUGUUCAGUACAAGAGUAGACUUAGAGGUUAUAUUUAUAAGGCAUAUUGGCGAGCGCCGCGAUGAGGCAGCGUCGCGCCAAGACGUGAUGAGCGAGGCGCUCCGGAGCGAGGCAGGCGCGGACGACGCGCACUUGCCGCCCUUCUCCUCGUUCGGCGAGAUGGCCGACAACGAGCAACGGAUCCUGGCGGCGGACGCGCGGCUGCUCGACCCCGCCUGGGAGUACUACGAGCGCACCGGCGACGCGGUCUCCGUCAUCGCCAGUCAGCCGCAAUACCGCCCCUGGGAGUCCAUGCCCAUCACCGUCAACUCCAAGGACGCCAUCCUGCGUGCCGGCUUCUCCUCCGCACUCGACUACCAGUCGGUCACGCUGCAGCCCAUCGCCAACAAGCUGCCGUCCUUCCAGAGCCAGUUCCAGACGUUCCCAGAGACGACCGUGAUUCCCGAGACGGGCCUGCCAAGCGUGACGCCCGUGCCGGUCACCGCGAGCCCCACGCCCAGCGCGAGUCCUAGUCAUUUAACCCAGCUCACGCAACUCACCACGCCCUCGUCGCCAGUACAUCUCACCACGCUGGCGCAGGUGACGCCGCUCUCCACCACCUUGACCACGCUAUCUCCAGUGAACGCCACCACAUUCCAUACUCUCACGGCUGUCAAUGCUAGAAGCUAUCCGAUCGUACCAGCGCCUUUGCAGGCGAGGGAGUUGGCGCCGGCGGGUCAGGCGUAUAUCGACGACCGGCAUAUACAGCUAUACCAACCAAACAUUGCGACAAUUAAUGCAUUCCCGACCCAAAAUGGUAUCUUACAUCAGAACGGAACAUUACUCCAUCAAAAUGGAAGUCUGAUCCAGAAUAUCCAGAGCCCAACGGUAGUGCAUGUGUUAAAGAACGAACCGUUCGACGUUAAGUCACUACAAGACAAGUACACACCGAAUGGGUUGCAUCAUGCCAACUUCCAGAAUCCGAUGUUGAUCGACAACGGGUAUGACAAGAAGACCAAUGGAUUCGGCAGCGGAUCGUCGCCAACAAGAUCGGAUUUUAGGAAGAAAGAGAGACGGAAAAUGCGGGCCAACAGCUCAGAGUCAGACUGCUCGAAUAUGGAGGUGGGGUCUGAAAGCAGUGGGCAGGUGGCGGCGGUGUCCUCGACAGCCGGCUUUAAGUCACCCAUGCACGGCGCGCCGCCCAUGAACACCGGACCCAUGGAGCUCGACGACAUAUCCAGCGAGAAACAGACGAAGAAAAAGAGGAAGCGUUGCGGUGAGUGCAUAGGAUGCCAACGUAAGGACAACUGCGGCGACUGUGCGCCGUGUCGCAACGACAAAUCACAUCAGAUAUGCAAGCAGCGUCGCUGCGAGAAACUCACGGAGAAGAAGCUUAUUUUGGGGCCGGACGGGACGUUGCAGACAGUGAAGAGCGAGUCUCGCCGGGGCCGCGGCAGAGGGCGCUCGACAACGACACCCGUCUUACAAGACAUCAAGAGCUACCGCGGCCGCAAGCCUCUCGGCGGCACCGCCGGUGUCCCAGGUGUGCCAGGAGCACCAGGAGUGGGAGUGGGUGUAGUUCCCGCCGCCGCGUCCCCCAGCCCCGCGCCCCAGGCGCCCGCCGCGCCCAGUCCCGCGCCAGCCACCACGCCCGCCAUGAAGCAAGACCAUCCUAGUCAGCCCAUGGCCCCAAUGCCGUUCUACGCCGGAGAUCCAAACCGAUUUCCAACAGCAUGGCAGACUGAUCCAUCACAAGGUUGGCAAAAUCAGUUCAUCCAGCAACUCCCCACACAAACUGGGCAAACCACGUUAGAUUACCAAGGCAACCACACUGCGUAUGCAACGUCUCCGCACUAUCAAGCGAACACCACUUACACCGUCCAGAACGUCGCCACUACAUUCGACGUAACGAACAACACUUAUUAUCAAACUGGAGUGCAGUCUGUGCCUACUCAGAGGCCGCCAUCGAACCGCGGAGCUUACACCCCGGUCCCGUCACCAAGGGCGCCGCAUUACACCACGGAAUACCAGCAACAGUACGCACAACAAGCACCUACUCCAGGAGCAACGUCCGGCACUGACUCCAGACCGGCGUCAGCAGCUUCUUACCAAAACACCGUACCAACGUCAGCUGCGCCUGUGUACACCGUCAGCCAAACUUAUGAACGGCCAGAAUACGCGACGGAACACGCAGAAGAGUACAGUAACCCGGACAACGGGUCGGGAGAUGGAACCAACGAUGGCGAGAGACAGGAACAAAAUUCCCAAAAUGGACAGCAUUCGGGAAACGCCGAGCCUGGGUACCUGCAGGGGAGCAACGGUCCGCGAGCUUCACUAGAUUGUAGCGGGUAUCCGGGCGGCUAUAACAGCGGACAAUACAGGGAAAAUGGACAAGCGCAAAAUCAAAAUGAAUGGCAACAGCAAUGGCAGCAUAACCAAAGAUUACAGAAUCAACAAAUGCAAAACCAACAGCAGCAAUUGCAAAAUCAACAACAAAUUCAAAAUCAACAGCAGAUUCAAAACCAACAAAUGCAGAACCAACAGCAGCAAUUGCAAAACCAACAGCAACAAAUGCAAAUUCAAAACCAGCAGAUGCAAAAUCAACAAAUGCAACAGCAGAGGCAGGAGGAAACAGAACAACAAAUGUUUUCCCAAUCAGACAGGGUGAAUUUGAAUUCAAGGUUGAAAACGAUGAUAUUAAAUAAACAAAACCAUGGCCGGGACGGCACGAACACGCCACCGGACAAAGGUGACCCCGGCGAAGGACCGCCUCGGGUGAUUGACGAUAGAAAGACCGGCGCCGUCGCCGUCAACGAUGACAGAAAUACUACCGGUCAUUUUUUAUCGUAUAGCCACCAUCUCCGAGAUAAUUACCGCAUAGGCGAGCAAGGAUAUACCGCCGCUGGUAAUUAUUCACAAAACGCCCACGCAUAUGGCGCGGGCGAAUUCGGAGGUGGUGGCCACCACGUAUGGGAGGGGGGGACAGAAGUCCCGAGAGUUUAUGAUAAACACACUUCGUCUAAGAACGUAUCCAAAACUCCUCAAAAACUGCCGUCCUACGCGGACGUCAGAGGUCAGUACGGCGCCUACCAAAACGCUCCGUACGACGCGCAAAAAUAUGCAGAAAUUUAUAAUAGUGAUAGUUUAAGUUAUACUCAGCAAGAUAGUAAAGAUUUUCAAUCAAAAAUUCUCAUCGGACCAGUAUCGGAAAUGAAUCAACAAAAUUGUAAUCCGGCGAGGGACACUAACGCACAAAGACGAGCUUAUGAGAGAGAAGCAUACGAUGCUAAGUUUAGACAUCCUUCCGCGCCUUUGAUACCUAAAUUAGAAGCGCCUGAUAAUUAUCAAUAUCAUGUUAAGGACGACAGGUUAUUGAAAACAGAACCUCAACGAAUGUUGAAUCAAAAUUCGUAUUCGAAACAAAACGAGAUACCAAUAAAUCAUCAAGGCCAACCUUACAGAGAGUAUCCGAAUGGAAUUGUCGCAAGAUCGCAACAAAAUACUGUUUUACCACCCAUAUCAACGAUAAAACAGGAAAAUUUUGGCACAAAAACGCAGAACUACCAGAAUUUCCAAAAUUUUCCGUAUGAGCGGAGACGAGAUCCUUCAGAGCCGUUUCCGCAAGCACUCAGAUUGCAAGAGAAUAUGGGAUUUCAGAAAUAUAAUAGAAAUUAUAUGGAACCUAAACAUAUGCCGGAGCAAGCAAAAGGAGCUAAUUCUGACCGAACUAAUGUCGAACCUAAAGCCCCUUACUACAUAGAGCAAAUCAAAUCUGAACACUCUCCGCCCGGUCACAAAAUAUAUAAGAAUAUCAACUACAAUCAGCAUAAAAACGAACCGUAUCUGUAUUCGGGUGACGGCGGGCCGACAACGAUUAGAAACGAAGUAGGCUACUCUUGUUGUAGACAGGGUUCUACCAAAAAACCGCCUCCGGAGCAUUUGAGGGACGGCGCGUGCCCGGGGCAUCAAACCAAAGACGAAGUAUUAGAGGACGAUCCCGACACAACAGAUAAAAAUGAUCCCAAAAACCAAAAGCAAUCAACACCCACUCCAGAUGUAACUAAACCUAAAGAAAACCAAUUCAAUUACUCCAAAGAAUAUUUAGAAAACUUGGAGAGGUUGAGAAAUAAUUCCAGAACGGAAGUACCUGAUUGUAAUUGUUUUCCAGCAGAUAAAAAUCCGCCUGAACCAGGCAGCUAUUAUACACACUUAGGAGCUGCGUCUACGCUUGGGGAACUUCGGAAAGAUUUCGAAGCACGGACCGGGUUGUCAGGGAAAGAGUUAAGAAUAGAGAAGAUUUGUUAUACAGGAAAGGAAGGGAAAUCGGCUCAAGGAUGUCCAAUGGCUAAGUGGGUAAUUAGACGCACCAAUUAUACAGAAAAAGUUCUUGUAGUAGUGAAGUGCAGGAACGGUCACAAAUGUCCCACGACGUGGAUCGUGGUGUGCCUCGUCGCUUGGGAAGGGAUCCCGCAAUCGGAAGCCGACCUUGAUUACACGCUGCUGUCGCACAAACUGAACAGAUACGGCCUGCCAACCACGCGGAGGUGUGCUACUAAUGAGAACCGCACUUGUGCUUGCCAAGGUCUCGACCCAGAAACAUGUGGCGCCUCUUACAGUUUUGGCUGCUCCUGGUCCAUGUAUUACAAUGGAUGCAAGUACGCCCGUUCGAAAACUGUUCGCAAGUUCAGAUUGUCAGUCAAGACUGAAGAGGGAGAGAUUGAGGAGCGUAUCCACGUACUGGCUACGCUACUCAGUCCACUGUACAUGAAUCUAGCGCCUAAAGCCUUUGACAACCAGUGCCAGUUCGAGAAAGAAGCUUCUGAUUGCAGAUUGGGGUUUAAGCCCGGACGGCCUUUUUCUGGCGUGACCGCUUGCAUAGACUUCUGCGCACACGCUCAUCGCGACUUGCACAACAUGAACAACGGCUGUACGGCUGUAGUAACUCUUGCUAAACAUCGCGCACUCUCCAAACCCAACGAUGAGCAGUUACAUGUGUUGCCGUUGUAUGUACUGGACACCACUGAUGAAUUCGGAUCCAAAGAGGGCCAAGAGGAGAAGGUCAAGAACGGAGCGCUCGAAAUCUUGGACAAAUAUCCAAUGGAAGUACGCGUACGGUCAGUGCCACUUCAACCUUGCCGACGACACGGAAAAAAACGAAAAGAGGAAGAAAAUACAGACUCCACUAACACAUCUACGAAUAGUAACACUCCACAACAAAGUCCAGGCAAUAAUCAGAAAAAAUCUCAGUGUAAUACACCAGCUCCAAGAACGCCACAACCUGAUGCGAGAAACAACGCAAGUCCCAGAAGUCAGAGCAGUGCAUCGCCUAGAGCUACCACGCCUUCUCUAAACCAGUCCAACCCUUCCCCUUUUUCUAACAAUGCCCACUACAAUUCAGCCUUCGUCAACCCUAACAUGCACAACCAGAACCCUAAUUUGAUAAACCCGAACUUGGGUAAUCCCGCCUUACUGGAUAUGGCCACGAUGAUUGAUAAUUUCACAGACGCUCAAUUGCAAAGUAAUCAGAUUUCAAGUACAGUACUAGAUUCGCCAUACAACUCAUACGAUCAAAGCUACAAUUUGCAUCACCAAAAUACACUGUACAAUCCAAAUCCGUUAGUAGAAGGAAAUGCUUGUCAAAAUCCAAACCAAAACCAGCUUCCUAGCUUCGCUACUGGUUUACAGAAAAGAGAGCAACAGUUUACUGCAAAUGCUCAGAUGACUACGCAAAACCAAUGGCCGGAUUUUGCUAAUGCGGAAAUAUUUAACCAUGUAGUUAAGGAGGACCCUGAUUCCACUACAGCCCAUUUAAAUGUUGCUCCGAAUAAUUAUAGUCCUGAUUCUAAUAGAAGCGACCCAAACUCGGACAUGUCGCAAAAAACAAAUGAACCAGAUAAACAAAAUUUAAUUGCGGAUAUCGCGCAAAAGAUUCCAGACUUCGAUAUGCCAAGUUCACCGAGGUUAACAGAAAUAUCUCAGAAUCUACAAAAUACUCCAGAAUCUCCAGCACCUUCUCAAGUUCCUGAACUAAAAUCUCCCAAUAAUGAUAUGAUAAAUUCUCCAGAUGUGCGAAAAAGUGUAUGGAAGUCUCCUGACGCCAAAAAUUGGGACCCAAACAAGCCGAAAGAUCCGACAACUCCUGAAAACGAAAAUAAUCUAUUUAGAGUUCCUAAAGCCAGACCGCCAUCACGGUCGCAACAACAUCCAGAGAAUAUGGAAAAUGCCACAUUUUUAAAACCCUACCCACCUUCAGAGCGACCUCAUCUACCUACCCAAGGAUACGAUCACAGAAGUCCGUAUGACAACAGAUUGCAAGGUAACCCAGUGCCCACAUCGCCGGCCUCACAGGCAAAUUUUACUAUUAACCACGAGGAGACUAACACAAAUAUUAACAAUAAACCUGGCCCUGAUUUUUCCGGAAACAAUUUUCAUCCCGUUAAUCAAAACUCGUAUAACAACCAAGCACCUAUACAGGGAUAUGGUAAUUACCCACAAAUGACAAAUGCCUAUCCGUUUCCGCCAAACCCUUACGGACAUUUUAAUCCUUAUGAAAACUCAUACAACGAUUACAACAUAGCAUAUUACAAUGCUGAAAAAUAUAAACGAGAGGAGUUAUUAAGAAACCCUCAUUGUUAUAACUCGUAUGGGUACCAAUAUAAUCCAAACUUUGCACCGAAUUUCUACCAAAACCCGAGCCCAAACUGGUGUCAGUCGUCACCCAACUGGUGUCUGUAUCCGCCUCCAUUCUCUAUUCCGUAUCCUCCAGAGCCACCAAAAGCUGAACCCAUAGGGGAAGUCACUGACUUGACAGACAAUCUGGAUUGUUUCAAAGACAGUCAAAUGGGUGGCGUGGCCAUUGCUCUAGGCCACGGCAGCGUUCUGUUCGAAUGUGCCAAGCACGAAAUGCACUCAACCACAGCAGUCAGAGCUCCCAAUCGAGUAAAUCCAACUCGAAUAUCACUAGUAUUUUAUCAACACAGAAACUUAAAUCGACCCAAACACGGUCUCGAGGAAUGGGAGGAGAAGAUGCGAUUAAAAAAGUUGGGUUUGACCCCGUCGACGCCGAGUACCCCGGGACCAAAUUCUAACUCAGUCUCUCCGGCUUCGACGCCUGGUCCUGAAAAGACUCCUAUUCCAGAGAAAUGGAAGAAUAAUGAGGACACGAUUCCUGGAGGUUACAGUUCACUAUCGGCGCUAGUGGAAGCAACGAACGCGGCGAGGAAAAGCGGGCAGAUAAUGUUGAGGACAGAGACUCAAACGACGAUGUCGUGGACGACGCUGUUCCCGAUGCACCCGUGCACGGUGACGGGCCCGUACCAAGAGUCGGGCACCUGACGUAAGGCCCCCAGCGCUUCCAUUGUCAAGCGGCCGACCUCCCUUCCGUAGCCAUGUAAGGUCUGCGUUGCCUUCGAUAUUAGAUUGUAGAGCCGCGUGCUUACCGAACAAAUUUUCGUGAGUAGUUCCUGAUUUUUAUAAAAUUAAUGUUUAGGCGCGAACCGGUCCGAUGCGCGUGCGGCGAGAUUCCUUUAUUGCAUUUAUUGUCGGAAUUGAGUACCGUUUUGUGAGGAAUAUUUUUUGUAACGUAUACCGAGUGAGUUAUUAAUCAAAGAUGUAAUUUUAAGUUAUAAUUUAACGGUAGUGUUUAUCGCAUUUCAGCUAGUCUUACGUUUUUACUUUAGUGUCGGAGUGGUCGUGAUGGAAUAGAGUUUUCUUUGUAUAUUCUUGUCGUUUAGUUGUCCCGACGUUGACUCGAACCAUUGAUCGGAACCUAGUUUAAUGUUUAAAAUCAGUGCUGUAUAAAAUAGUAACGUAAAUGUAUGUUUUGUCUGCAUAUUUUGUCGAUGUUUUGUUUCUCUAAUUAAGCGCAUAACUAAAGUUUUAUGCGAUGCAAUGAUCUCAUGAACUACUAACCCUACAUUAAUGUUUAUUCAGAACAAAAGUACAAAGCGACACAUUAAAAAGGUUGUUGAGCCCUGAGGGGGAGAAGGGAACAUUCGGCGAAAGUGUUUAUUAAUAUUUUUGUACCUUUGUCUGUAUUAUUUGUUUUAAUUUUAAUGUAUUAUUUGAUUUAGCAUUCCUGUCAUUUCGAAUGUUUUCUUUGGCUUAUUUUUCAUCGACCAUAAUCAUAAAAUCAUGGCGGUGUAGCGACAUGUAUUUUACCACAUAUAUGUGAGUGUUUUCUAUUAGGUUAAGACGUGUGUAUUUUUAACUUUUUAGAAUAUUUAACUUAUUUAUAUUGUAUUACGUGAACCAUUAUCGAAUCAUUUUCUUUGUAAUAAUUUUAGCGUUACUGUAGUCAUUAAUAUUUAAUAUAUUUGCUUUAUGGCUCGUCAUUUAAAUUAUUGCGGUUGUUUUAAGCAUAUUCAAAAGCGCCUUCUUUAUUUUUCCAAACGAAUGCCUGCGUGUUUGGCUACAAAUUGUCGAUUGAUAUUAUGGAUGAAUCUUACUCCAAUGUUUCAUAUGAAAUUGUGUCCUUAUAUUUUAAACGCGCGUAUUAUGAAAUCAUUCUUCUAAACUUAAGUGACGAUAAAAAUUUAUAAAAUUAGAAACCAUACAAUAAUAUUAUGAACUAUAAAUGACAUACAUUUAUACUUAAGCAUAGAGUUAUUGCGAAGUUAAAUAAAAAUAAAUGAGGCGCUUGGAAAGAUUAUAAAGUAGGCAUUAUUAUUGAAAAUGAAUGAAAACAUACUGAUGGAUAGUUAUUAAUAUAUAAUUAGUGUUAAGGAAGAAAGUUUGUUUUAAAGAUUAAACUAUUGAUAUAGUUUAUAUUUUUUACGUGUACGUAUUUAUUGAAUGGUAAAUUUAUUGGGACGAACGUGAAAUUAUUUAUAGGUAAAAGUUUUGGACGAACAAAACUUAUAAAAAACUAAGCAAUAAUAGACAUCGGUGUCUAUGUACAUUGUAAUGUUAGGAGUGAAAAAAUUAACGAAUGGUGCGAUAAUUUCGACGGUCUUAUGGUAACGCUUGUCUAUGGUGAAGUUUGGAGACUUACCAAGAUUUGCCUAAAAUUGUAUUUCUGAUAUUAUUUGUGUAUAUGCAUUGGUAAAAUGCCCUAAAUUCUUGCCAUUUUAAUAGUUGCCAAUCUUAAUAGGUUUCCUUCGAUUCAAUACAUUGACGAGACAUAUCAAAAGCAAUCACAGAUAAUAUAAUAAUAGAUAGCACGGCAGCCUUCCUCGAUUGUAAAAUAUGACAGGCGAGAAUUUUUGACACCAAAUUUUAAUAUAAAAUUAUCCUCAUGUACGUCUGUGUUUUGUAAGGGAAUAAAAAUUUAUGUAUCAUUUAGGGGACGUUAGAACCUGUGAUAUAAACAUAGCUCACGAGUGUCUGACUGCUUGUAUGUAUGUUUUGUCCAGUGUGAUUGACCAUUUUCGCCGUUGUGAUGGCGUUUUGAAACCAAAAAAGACCAGUAUUGUCAGAAUUAUGUAACCAAAAACGAUUAGUUUGCGCCUGUGUUUGUAAAAUGGGUUAUUACCAAUGUGAAAGGUUUUUAUGAUAGGUUCGCGGACCUGCGUUCGCUGUUUAAGUGAAGGUGACGAUUGACUCGGAACAGAUAUUUUUUUUCGAAAAUUGUGCACUUUUAAUUUGGAUGUUUGGUGUUCUAGAUUGUUCGGUGUUCUGAGUCAGCCGGCCCCUUGCUAUUAUUGUGUAACAAUAUUUUUUAUUGUAUUUUCUGCCAAAACAAAAGAGUAAUCGAAUGUGUCAUGUAAAUAGAACUACCAUUAUUUAUUAAUACAAUUAAUUUAAAAAAA